CGCUGUCUGUUUGUCAUCCUGCUCAUGGCCGUGUACUGGUGCACGGAGGCGCUGCCGCUGUCGGUGACAGCCCUGCUGCCCAUCAUCCUCUUCCCCUUCUUGGGGAUCCUGAAGUCCAAGGACGUCUGCCCCCAGUACUUCGUGGACACCAACUUCCUCUUCCUCAGUGGUCUGAUCAUGGCCAGCGCCAUCGAGGAGUGGAACCUGCACCGGAGAAUCGCCCUCAAGAUCCUCACAUUUGUGGGGGUCCGGCCGGUCUGGCUCAUCUUUGGAAUGAUGGUGAGCACCGCCUUCCUGUCCAUGUGGCUGAGCAACACUGCCUCCACCGCCAUGAUGCUGCCCAUCGCCAGCGCCAUCCUGAAGAACCUCUUUGGUGAGGAGGAAGAGAACACAGUUGCUGUGGGGACAAAAGGCAUGAACCCUGUGCCCAUGGAGAUGCAAUUUCUUGCCAGAAGAGAAGACAAAGACUUCCCUGAGGAGGCAGAGGACCCGCCGGCUCUUGCAGACAGCGACAAGAAGGCGGAAGAAUAUCGCAAAAACAUCUGGAAGGGCCUCCUCAUCUCCAUCCCUUACGCAGCCAGCAUUGGGGGCACGGCCACUCUCACCGGCACGGCUCCCAACCUCAUCCUUCUUGGUGGGAUCAAGAGUGCCUUCCCACAGAGCGACGUGGUGAAUUUCGGCUCCUGGUUCAUUUUCGCCUUACCUCUUAUGGUGCUGUUCCUGUUGAUUGCCUGGCUCUGGAUCUCCUUCCUGUAUGGGGGAAUGUUCACGAGGGGCUGGAAGAAGGACACAGAGGUCAAUGCCACUGGAGAAGAAAGGGCUCGAGCUGUGAUUCAGGAGGAAUACAGGAGUCUGGGGCACAUGGUGUUUGCUGAACGGGCCGUUUUCGUCCUUUUCUGCAUGUUCGCCAUCCUCCUCUUCUUCCGGGACCCGAAGUUCAUCCCUGGCUGGUCCAAUCUCUUCAAACCUGGGUUUACUUCUGAUGCUGUCACCGGCGUGAGCAUUGUCACCAUCUUGUUUUUCUUCCCAUCCAAAAGGCCCUCUCUCAAGUGGUGGUGUGACUUUAAAGCUCCCAACACAGAGACAAAACCCCUGCUGACGUGGAAGAGGGCGGAGGAAACCAUCCCCUGGAGCAUCAUCCUCCUCCUGGGAGGGGGCUUCGCCAUGGCCAAGGCCUGCGAGCAGUCCGGGCUGUCGUUGUGGAUCAGCGACCAGCUGCACCCGCUGGAGAACGUGUCUCCCGCGCUGGCCGUCUUCACCAUCACCUGCGUCGUCAUCUUCUUCACCGAGUUUGCCAGCAACACGGCCACCAUCAUCAUCUUCCUGCCCGUCAUGUCAGAGCUGGCCAUCCGCCUGAAAGUGCACCCCCUGUACCUGAUGAUCCCUGCCACCGUGGGCUGCUCCUACGCCUUCAUGCUCCCGGUCUCGACGCCCCCCAACUCGAUUGCCUUCGCCACUGGACACUUGCUGGUCAAAGACAUGGUGCGGACAGGCCUCCUGAUGAACCUGCUCGGCAUCAUGAUACUCAACAUGGCCAUCAACACUUGGGCACAGCCCAUCUUCCAGCUGGGCUCCUUCCCGGACUGGGCCCAAGACCACUUAACCAAUGUCACAGGAAAGCCACCCUCAUUGGUGGCCAACGACACGUUACUUGCCCUCUGAGUCCUCCUUGGAGACUCUGGGCCGGGCCCUCCCAGAAGGCUUUACCAGUACCUGCUCUUAGGAUCGGACAGGGUGAUCGAGCAAUUCUCUGUGAUCCAGUAGGCAACAAGCAAGGGUAGCCUCCGGUGGUCCACUUGGGUCAACAAGUUCGUUACCGAGGACACCUUCUCCUCGCUCAUGCUGUUCAGGACCCAGAUAUCUCCCAGAUCUCAAGCUCCUUUAUCUCUGAGCUGGAAUGUGGUUAGGAUGCAAGAGGGCCCAACUCCAGCAACAAUAAAUAAAUCUAGAAUUGCAUUUGUCUUGAACAGUUGGGAUGGGAAUCUAUCCAUCCCCAUGGGCACAGUGCACAUUCCCCACUGACUACUGUAGGUGGCACUCUGGACAGACCAUCUCGCCUUUAUUAAUUUUUUACAGAGAGGAAGGGAGAAGGGUAGAGAGUUAGAAAAAUUGAUCAGCUGCCUCCUGCACACUCCCUACUGGGGAUGUGCCCGCAACCAA